GGGCAGGAAGGGGAUAAUGUGAGGGGCGAUCAAAGGGUUAACUGUGUGCUGUGUGUGUUUUACUAGGGGGCAGGGGGUAUGUUCUUCACUGUAAGCACACUGAUCGGAAUGGCUGUACUGUGCAAAGCCAUUCCGAGCAGUGUGCUUGAGCUGACAGGGAGGAAGAUUGUUUGUAAACAAAACAAUCUUCCUCCCCAUCUGAGAUGCUUGGUAAUCACCAGGCGCCGGAGGGUAAUUACGGGCCGUGACCCGUAAUGGCGGCAUGGGUAGGGCUCGCGCGCGCCCCCUACCUGGAAAUGCAAAAUCAUGUAUAUAUACGUGAUUUUGCACACAGGUGCCGCCCUGUAGCAGUAUAUCUUCUAUAGGGAGGUC